AUGGACCCUGAACCCAACCAGACAUCUCUCGAGCACUUGGGCAUCGAGCUUGUCUCCCAAAAUGCUCUAGAGAAUCAGAUCGAAACCAGUGCUCAGACUGCCAUAGACCAGCAAGCGUUGAAUCAGGAACUCAAAAGACUAGAAAGAUCCCAGAAUGCCCUAGUGAAAGUUUUGAAAAAACGUGAACUCUUAAAGCGCAAGAUCAAUAACGCUAAUAGAAUCAGUGUCCGUCAAACUUUACAGACACAGCUGCAAACUCUUAAUGAUGAGGAAAUCAAGCCGCUGCGAAAAGAUUUGGAAGACAUAAAAAAUCGGGUUACCGCAUUAUCUGUAGAGAAAAGUCGUGGGACGAUCAAAGAUGAUCCCACAGCCAGACAGCCUGGAGAAUCUGAGGAAGACUUUCAGGUCCGAAUAGGUCAAAAAACAGCUUUUGGGACCAAGCUGGAAUUUACAAUCGAUGAUGAUAAGCAUCUGAAUAGCCUCAAAGCAGAUGAUGACAUUGAUGAUGUUGAAGCCUAUAUAGACGAUAGUGGGGCGGACGCUAUCUCUGAGACAGACGAUGAGACUUCUACCGGAACAAAUACUAAGACAUCCAGUACUAUAGUAGAUGACGGGGACGAACUGAGCUAUCAGCGAAGACUGAAAAGCUGGUUCAAGGGUAGAAACAAGCAAAGACGCAUCAAUGAUCAAGCUACGGCAUCAGAAGAACAUUUUAGAGCACAUCCAGAAUUUCCGGAUGCAAAGCUCAAUAACGAUUUCAAGAUCCCCGGCGAGAUUUUCAACUCGUUGUUUGAUUAUCAAAAAACAUGCGUCCAGUGGCUAUAUGAGCUGUAUCAGCAACAGUGCGGCGGUAUAAUAGGUGAUGAAAUGGGGUUGGGAAAGACCAUUCAAGUCAUAGCUUUUCUAGCUUCCUUACACCAUUCGAAGAUGCUGAAAGGACCUAUCAUUGUGAUUUGUCCGGCAACAGUACUACGACAAUGGUGUAAAGAACUCCAUACCUGGUGGCCGCCUUUUCGGGCUGUCAUACUACAUUCCAUUGGCUCUGGAAUGACACAGAAAGAAAAUCUCACCGAUGCUGAACUUGAAGAGCUUUUCAUGAACUCGAAUCCUGAUGAAAUAUCAUUCGAUGCGUACAAUGAGGGUAAAAAAAUCAAGAGUACACUAGAAAGUGGGAUGGUUCGCGACGCACUCAUUGAAAAAGUCGUCACCAAAGGUCAUAUACUCAUAACUACCUAUGUGGGUCUCAGGGUUCAUGCGGAUAAACUUCUCAAGGUUAAGUGGGAUUACGCCAUUCUGGAUGAGGGGCAUAAAAUCAGAAACCCUGACGCUGAUAUCUCGCUUACAUGCAAACAGCUUAAAACCAAAAAUAGGAUAAUUUUAUCCGGAACCCCAAUUCAAAACAACUUGACAGAACUUUGGAGUCUUUUUGACUUCAUCUAUCCCGGAAGGCUGGGGACACUGCCAGUGUUCCAGCAACAAUUCGCUAUUCCUAUAAACAUGGGCGGUUAUGCCAAUGCAACUAACGUUCAGGUUCAAACUGGUCAUAAAUGCGCAGUUGCGCUGAGAAAUCUAAUUUCACCUUACUUGCUGAGAAGAGUUAAGGCUGAUGUUGCAAAAGACCUACCGCAGAAAAACGAAAUGGUCCUCUUUUGCAAAUUGACGAAAUAUCAGCGUGAUAAAUACCUUCAGUUUCUUAACUCAGAAGACUUGGUCAAAAUCAGAAAUGGGAAGCGUCAAGUUUUGUAUGGCAUCGACAUCCUACGCAAGAUUUGCAACCAUCCAGAUAUGCUUGUUAGGAAUGAAAAGCAGCAUGAGCUUUCUUACGGGGACCCUAAAAGAUCAGGAAAGAUGCAGGUCGUCAAGCAGCUACUUAAGUUAUGGCACGCCCAAAAAUUCAAGACACUAUUAUUCGCGCAAACGCGUCAGAUGUUGGACAUAUUGGAGAAGUUCAUGUCAACUGACAGCGAUUUAGCUGAGUUGAAUUAUUUGAGAAUGGACGGGGGUUCAAGUAUAGGAUCAAGGCAAGCUCUUGUCGAUGCGUUCAACAAUGGACCGUAUGAUGUCUUCCUGCUGACCACGAGAGUCGGAGGUCUUGGUGUAAAUCUCACUGGUGCAAACAGAAUCAUUAUUUUUGAUCCUGACUGGAAUCCUUCUACAGAUAUGCAAGCUCGCGAAAGGGCUUGGAGGAUAGGCCAAAAGAGAGAAGUUUCGAUUUAUAGACUUAUGAUUGCGGGUUCAAUCGAGGAGAAAAUUUAUCAUCGGCAGAUUUUCAAACAAUUUCUAACUAAUAAGGUUUUGACUGAUCCUAAACAGAAGCGCUUUUUCAAAAUGAACGAACUUCAGGACCUGUUUGUUUUGGGCGGGGAAUCGGGACUUUCUAAUGAAGACCUUGAAAGCGAAGUCCAGAAAGAGACAGAGAAUUUGAAAAAAUCCAAAACUGAAGAAGGAGACGACUUUGAUGAAGUUGUUCAAAUUUCUGGUGUCUCCAAGUUAGAAGGGUUCUUCAGUGCUAAAGACAAAAUACAAAAUAGUAAAAACGAAGAUGACCGGCUAAUGGACGCACUUUGUGGCGGGAAUAUAGAGGAGGUAAAAAGCCACGAUUCUGUGAUUGAUUUUCAUUCGAAGCCCUCAGAAGAUAUAAUUUCCAAGGAGGCUACGAAAGUGGCAGAAGAAGCAGUUGCUGCCUUACGAGAGUCCAGGAAGGCUACCAAGAAGUUCGAAGUAGGCACUCCUACGUGGACCGGGAAAUUCGGUACGGCAGGCCGAGUAAAAAAGAAAAAAACGACUGGAAGAUCUCUAGGUUCAGCUGCUAUCUUAUCAAACCUGAAAAAAGGCAGUACAACUGGUGAGACAAAUUCCACAAGUGAGAGACAAAAUCGAGCAGCUCAAACCAUAGAGAGCAUACGGACUUUUCUUAUGGAGAAACCCAACUUCGCUGCAAAGUCGGCUGACAUUGUCAGGCAUAUGGGUAUCAAAAUGACAGAAAAAGAAGACAUAAUCAAGAUUCGAGCAUUGUUGAAGCAAAUUGCCACUUUCCAAUCAACAGAAGGCCAGUGGGCAUUGAAGGAAGAGUUUAGCUCAUCCCUGUAG